AUGGAAUUCGCGGACAAACAGAAUGAAACUUUAGGUACCUCAGUGACUGAAUUCAUUCUCAUGGGAGUCACAGAUAGACCAGAGCUAAAGGCCCCACUUUUUGGUGUGUUCCUCCUCAUCUACAUGGUCACAGUGAUGGGGAAUCUGGGCAUGAUCAUCCUAACAAAGAUUGAUUCUCAUCUACAAACCCCCAUGUACUUUUUUCUCAGGCACCUGGCAUUUACUGAUCUUGGUUAUUCCACUGUCAUUGGUCCCAAAAUGCUUGUCAAUUUUGUAGCAGAGAAAAAUAUCAUUUCCUACAAUUGGUGUGCAAUCCAACUAGCUUCCUUUGAGAUUUUCAUUAUUAGUGAACUUUUCAUUUUGUCAGCUAUGGCUUAUGAUCGCUAUGUGGCUAUUUGUAAACCCCUCCUCUACACAGUCAUCAUGUCAGACAGGGUAUGUUUGGUUCUAGUGGCCAUCCCUUACCUCUAUAGCACUUUUGUGUCAUUGUUGGUCACAAUUGAAAUUUUUAUCUUGUCCUUUUGCAGAUCCAAUGUCAUCAGACAUUUCUAUUGUGAUGGUCUUCCCUUGUUGUCCAUUGUAUGCUCUGACACAAGCGAAAUAGAAUUAAUUUUUCUUAUCUUUUCAGCUUUAAAUUUGAUUUCUUCCCUCCUAGUUGUCCUUGUUUCCUAUAUGCUCAUUCUUGUGGCUGUCCUCAGGAUGAACUCUGCUGAGGGCAGAUACAAAGCCUUCUCCACCUGUGGCUCCCAUCUCACUGUGGUGAUUGUGUUCUAUGGAACCCUUCUCUUCAUGUACUUGCAGCCCAAUUCUAGCCAUUCCUUUGAGACAGAUAAGAUGGCUUCUGUGUUUUAUACCUUGGUCAUACCUAUGCUCAACCCAUUGAUCUAUAGUUUGAGGAACAAAGAGGUAAAAGGUGCCCUAAAAAGAGCCCUAGCAAAUCAAUGUAAACUUCAUAUUUAA